AUGGGACAAGCAACCGAGGCAACCAAGCGAGCAGUCGUCAAUCCCAGAACGACCGAAUUUGAAUUUGGAGGUCGAAUCGGAGCGCUCGGCGUAACUCUAUUGGUACCAUUUUUCACCUAUUGGCUGAACCUCGCCUGUACUCCUCAAACAGGAUGUCUGCUGGGACACAAAAUCUUGGACCUUCGGACAUUAUGGAAUUCGACCAAGUUAUUCAGUCUCGAGGCUUGCUACGUUUAUCUUGGAUGGUAUAUGUACCUGGUACUCUGCUGGCUCGUACUCCCUGGAAGAUGGAUUGAUGGAACAGUGCUACGAGAUGGCACACGAUUAUCCUAUAAAAUCAAUGCUUUUAGCACCCUCAUGUGCACCGUCUCCCUCGCGGCCCUGGUGUAUGUUCGAUGGGGCGACUCUCCCUUCUUAUAUGUCGUCAAUCAUUACGCCGAGUUGAUUACCGCAAGUUUGAUCAUGAGUAUAUCCCAAGCGGUAUAUUGCUACUGGUGCAGUUUCCAACCUGGUCGCAUCCUUGCGCUUGGUGGCAACAGCGGCAACGUGAUCUACGAUUGGUUCAUAGGUCGGGAGCUAAAUCCACGAAUUGCGAGUUUCGAUAUCAAAACGUUCAACGAAAUGCGACCAGGUCUUAUCUUGUGGGCGUUAUUGGACUUCUGCUGGGUUUUAAAACAGGUCCACGAGUUCGGAAAACCUUCGAACAGCAUCCUACUGGCCUUCAUCUUCCAGUUUUGGUACGUUUUUGAUGCUGAGUACAAUGAAGACAUUAUUUUCACCCAAAUGGAUAUAACAACUGAUGGCUUUGGGUUCAUGCUGUCGGUGGGAGAUUUGACUUGGGUACCAUUUACUUACUCCUUGCAACUGGCGUAUCUGUCUUUUGUACCUCUACACCUCUCCAAUUUUGAAUUGGUGUUGGUUCUCACUGUCCAACUCGUCGGCUAUGGGAUUUUCCGAAUUUCAAACGAAGAAAAGAAUGCCUUUCGUCGCAGAUCAGAGAACCCUAAAGGAUUGAAGUUCAUGGAAACCAAAAGGGGUACGAGGCUUUUGAUCUCUGGUUGGUGGGGCCUGUCAAGGCAUCCAAAUUACUUGGGGGAUUGGAUUAUGGCGUGGGCAUGGUGUUUGCCUACGGGAAUCUCCACCCCAAUCACAUACUUUUACGCGAUCUAUUUUGCCAUCCUAUUGAUGCAUAGGCAAAUGAGAGAUGAGCAUGCCUGCGAGAAAAAAUAUGGUAAAGCUGAUUGGAACAAAUACAAGAAACUGGUUCCCUGGAAGAUCAUCCCGUAUAUUUAUUGA